AAUUAAAGUAAACCCCCCCUUCUCUCUCUCAUCAUCUCUUUUCUUCAUCGAAGAACUCUUCUUCUUCUUCGUCCUCGCCGUUACAGAAAACCCUAUAUUUCCUCUCAAAUGUUUCAAACCCUGAAAGGAACCCCUUAGUUCCUUCAUCUAGAAUCUCUCUCUUUUUAUUCAAAAACCUCAACAAUGGCAGGAGGAGGAGUUACCUCAAGAGAACAGAUAAUUUCUUUGCUAAAAAACCAAGAAGAUUUAGCUGUUAAACAAGCUAAAGAUAUUCUUUGUUCUAUUGAACCUUCUUCGCUGGUUGCUGAUCUUUUUCCUUACAUUGUUGAACUUCAGGGUUCUAAUGAAGUUUUGGUUCGGAAAAUUUUGUUAGAGUUUAUGGAAGAGCUUGGGUUGAAGGUGAUGGAUCAAUCAUCUGUAUUCAUGCCCGUCUUUUUGGCAUUAUUGAAAGAUGGUGCUUCAUCUGUUGUACGGCAGUCUAUUGUUAGUGGGACAAACUUCUAUUGUGGCGUUCUAAAAGAGAUGGCACUACAGUAUCGUCAAUCUGGUAAGGUGGAGAGAUGGCUUGAAGAGCUGUGGAGUUGGAUGGUGGAGUUCAAGAAUGCAAUCUGUGGAAUUGCUUUGGAGGCUGGUCCUAUCUCAACAAAGUUGCUUGCGAUAAAGUUUUUGGAAAUGAAUGUUCUACAUUUCACGUCUGACGCCAAUGAUGAUGAGACAUCCUCUAAUGAAGUGAAGGGUCAAAAUUUGAAUAUCACAUGGGUGGUUGGAGGUCAACCAAUGUUGGAUCCAGGCUUUCUCACUUUGGAAGCAAACAGGAGUCUUGGAUAUUUACUGGAUAUGUUGCGGUCAGCAAAGACACUCCCUGGUUGUGUGACAAUUACCGUUAUCAGUUGUCUCGCUGCUAUCGCAAGGAAACGGCCAAUGCAUUACACUAGAAUUCUUUCAGCAUUACUUGGAUUUGAUCCAAACUUCGAGACACCUAGGAGUCAUGCUGCGAGUAUCAAGUACUCUUUAAGGAUUGCCUUCCUGGGUUUCUUAAAGUGUACCCACCGCUGCAUUGUAGAGUCGCGGGAUAUAUUGGUUAAGGCUGCUCAUCAAGUUAUUAGGGAAGUCGAUAAUAAAAUAGUAAAGAAUACUGAACGUGCUUCACGGGUUGUUCGAUUUAACAAGGAGCAUCAAAAAUCAAACCCUUUCUUACCCGUUGCUGGUGAAUUGAAUAAGAAAAGGUCCAUGCUUCAAGAUGUUGACAGCAAGGGCAAUUAUGACGAACCACCAGCAAAAAGGACUCGUUGUCUUCCCGUGGAAAAUGCUGAAAAAUAUUCUGGGGAUGAUGAGGUUCGUUUAAUGCAAAAUGAGUCGACUCCUGUUGAACAAAUGAUUGCCAUGAUUGCUUCCCUGUUGGCAGAAGGAGAAAGGGGCCCUGAGUCACUAGAAAUUCUCAUCUCCAGAAUCCAGCCUGACUUGAUGGCCGACAUUGUUAUAGCUAUUAUGAAACACUUACCUAAGAACUCACCACCAUUGUCAAGUAGAUUAGGGAACAUGCCAGUGCCGUCUUCACUGUCAGGUCCUUCUUUUACAGCCUCCCAAGUUAAAGUAUCAAAUGUUCCAACAACUACUUAUCAGCAGUCUCCCGUCUUCCAGUCACAAGCUGUAACUCCUUUUUCUUCCGCAAAAGCAAUGGGUGCACCUUCUGCUGAUUUGAAAUCGGCUUCCGCUCUUUCUGUAGACCUUGAACGUGAUCCAAGAAGGGAUCCGAGGCGUCUACCAGCAUCUGCAGCAGCAGUACAACCGCUGCCUGCGAAGGAGAUCUCCCGGUUUGCCUUUGAUGCUUUAAUGUCUGUGGAUAGUCCUGUCUCAGUUCAGGUGUCACCAAAGGUUGAUCCAUCUGCAGAGGUUUACAAUUCAACUUUAGAUGUUCCACCUUCUGAACUCAUCAUGGAUCUGGAACCUGUAUUGUCUCUGGAGCAAUCAGAUUUUGCUGUAGUGGAACCGGAGUUGCAGAAUUCUAAUGUGAUUGAUCUUGAUCAGAAUUCUCCAGUUAUACCAGGCACAUCUGCACCUGAUGAGACAUUUCAUGAGUUACCACCUGUCCCAUCAUAUAUUGAGUUGACGGGAGAAGAGCAAAACCAUUUGAGUGAGUUGGCAGUUGGGCGUCUUAUUGAAUCAAGCAGACAGAUACAUGCAACAGGCUGUAGUCAGACAUGCAUGGAAUUACUUGCCCGUUUAGUUUUGCAGACUGCUGCUGAUCAAUAUAUUGUUUCGAUAGUGCAAAAGCAUAUAAUUUCGGAUUAUGAAGACCAGCAGGGACAUGAGCUUGCAAUGCAUGUACUCUAUCACCUGCACAGUGUGGUGAACUCCUGCAAUGAGUUCUCGUCAUUUGCUGAGAGUAUAUAUGAGAAGGUUCUUCUGUCAGUGGCCAAAUCUCUGCAAGAUACUUUGCCAGCUUCAGACAAGUCCUUUAGCAGAUUUCUUGGUGAAGUUCCUCUUUUGCCUGAUUCUGCAUUGAAGCUGCUGGAAGACCUUUGUCGGUUUGACAACCUUGGGAAAGAUGUCCGUGAUGGUGAGCAUGUCACUCAGAGCCUUGGUGCUGAUGGAGCUUUCAACUGCUCUGUUCAUCCACAGUACGACGUGCGUGCAAAGGCUAUCCAUCUGGUUGCAAACAAAUUCUACCAGCUUAGUUAUGCAUCAGAUACAGAGCCGUCACAAGUUGGUUCCACGAAUCCUGAAGAAAAUAUGGAGAUGGAAGAUCUCCAUCUCUUGCGGUCCCAUGGUACUACUAUCGUAGGCAAGCAUAUCCCAUCGUUGUGUGUAUAUAUGGCUGCAGACGGAAGAGAAGCGAGCAAGGUAAUGGAUGUGAAUGGCAGAAUGAAGGUUAUAAAAGAGGCAUAUACUAGCAAAACAGAAAUUUUGUGGGACAGAGUUCUUUUAGGGGGUGCUGGAGAUUCAAGUUGGCUUGCAGAUAUUAUUGAAGAAUUGAAAAAUGUGCCAGCAGAUUAUGGGUGGACUGCAAAAGAUUGUGCGGAUUAUGCUCACUUCAUAAUGAAAGGCUAUUAUCUGAAAGAUAGUAAUUAUGAGAAAUUGACAUGUCACUUUCUUUUUGCAUCUUAUAUAGAUGAAGCGGAGUUAUAUUUUGCAUCAAGAGAUGAGGUUCAAAAAAUAGUAGAUAAUGUGAAGUGUAUUGGAACUGGAGGUAAACAUGCUCGUAAGUACCUGAAACGCCGGUUAGGCCAUCAAACAUUUGCAGCACAUGUGAAUGACUUGAUAUCGGCGGUAGAGUAUGCUUCUGAACAUGAUCCAUAUACAGGGGAUCGAGUCACAGUUCAUCGUGUAUCCCGUGAUCAUGGGGUGAAUGAGCAAGACAUCCAACGUAGUGAUAUCCACCUUGUUCGUCAAGUGGAUGAGCCAGACAUCCAAAGAGAAGUCAGUGAAGAUACCAUGAUACAUAUUCUUACAAGGAAAGUGAGGAAGAUUGAGCGUAGGGAAGCAGCUAAUCGUAGGGAAGCAAACCAAAAUUGAAGAAUUGCUUCUCUCUCGAAUAGUUUCCUGGAUGACGCGACAAACCUGUUGGGUCCUCUAUCAUUAGAUUGUGUUGCUAUGUAAUGAGCAACCAACAAAGUUUUGUUGAAAGAAACAAAAAGGGUAGCCAGUGUUUUCAGUAAUUUACGCAGGUUGGUUUAGUUACAUAUUUUGGAAAAUGGAUACUAGUCUAUUUAAAAGAACCAGAGAAUAACACCGGAUGUCAAACGCUACACACCACGAUGAUCAUUUUAUAUUCUAUUCUUAGUUUUGUUUCA